ACCAUGAAGAUGAUAAUUGACACAGAUGCUGGCAUUGAUGAUGCUGAAGCCAUUAUGAUGGCACUUGCCAAUCCACAUGUUGAAAUUGUUGCAAUUACCUGUGUCAGUGGAAACACAAGAGCCAAGCAAGUUACCAGAAAUGUCCUAAGGAUUCUGAAUAUAUGCAAUCGCCUUGACAUUCCUGUUUAUCUUGGUUCAGAGCAUUGUCUUGCGGGAGAUGAUUGGAAAAAGGAUGGUUUCCAUGGUAGCGAUGGCCUUGGUGAUGCCCCAGACCCAGAGAACACACCAGAUGAAAGUCACAUCAAGUCUGAGAUGGCAGUGAAUGCUUUGAUACGAUAUGUAAAUGAAAUGAAGGGAGAAUUGACUCUGGUAACGCUUGGUCCUCUGACAAAUAUAGCUCUAGCGAUGCGUUUAGAUGCAGAUUUCAGUAGUAAAUUGAAAGAAAUGAUUGUGAUGGGUGGAAACUACCAAGGUAGAGGUAAUAUAGUUCUUGGCGCUGAAUUUAAUUUCUAUUUUGAUCCUGUGGCUGCUUUUGCUGUUCUUAAUGAGUGUCAGUGUCCUGUUACCAUAGCAACCUGGGAGACAUGUUGUGACUAUGACAACAUGCCCAGCUAUGAAUGGUUCAAAAAGUGGUCCAACCAACCAACAGAAAAAGCCAAAUUUAUCAGGAGAAUACGUGAGCAGCAAAUCAAUAAAUCUCUCAUUCCUAUAGAGGGGAGAUAUUUUCGUUCAUGUGACACUGUUGCUAUGGCCGCUGUACUGCUACCCGACGUGAUAGUGGAAUCAGUAAAGAAGUAUGCAACCGUUGAGCUUAAUGGAACGCUAACCCGUGGUCAAAUGGUGAUUGACUGGAGAGAGAAAUUGAAGAAAUCUCACAAUGUCAACAUAAUAAUAAAAAUUAACAGAGAUCUUUAUCUAGAUCUUAUGUGGAAGGCUUUAGAAUAAAUGUCAUAAUACUGAAUAAUGAAUAAAAUAAAUAUAUGUAAUAUUUU